ACGAGUUUCAUUUAAAACAUGUUACUCGUUAUUUUUCUUGAGUUCAUGUUUUUUUUCUCGUUAAAACUGCAGGUUAAAUUGUUCUGAAUCUUGGGUCGGUCGGCUCAGUUUGAUUCCUGACACUACCUGUUGCGAAAAACGCUUCAGCUAGCUUAUUUUUUUUAAUCAUAGCGAGAGUCUGUUCUGAUGUUAGACUAGAUUAUUACGCUUUCGCAGACAUUUUCUCUCAUGUUUAGGGGAUUUGGACAAUUUCGGCCAGGUGUGUAUUUUACAGAACCGUCCUCUGCACUGCAGUCACCGGGUUGGUCGGCACUAGCUGCGGCUGCUGGAGAGAGAGAGAGGGAGAGAGAGGGAGAGAGGGAGAGGGGGACUGCGCAAAAACCACGGUCCGGAUUUGUGCCUGGCUGACGUCAUGGGGAGCCACAGACCUCUUUGACAGGAUCCAGCAAAGGCAAGCACCGGGGAUACAUGAUCAACAUCCAGUGGGCCGGGAGAUGUCGACGACCACACCGCUGUUUUGUACCACACGCUCGCCUGUAAAGUGAAAAAAAAAAAAAAAAACUAACAAAAAAAACUAAAGCCAAGCAGGCACGGAGAUUUCGCUUCGGUCGACUGUGCGUUUGCGGCGCACCAUGAGAGCGCCUCGCCGCUAUUAACGGCUGUUUUCUGCCUCAAAACGAGCUGCACCGUCGACCAGGGGGAGAGAUAAGCAGCCAGAGAACAGCUACUAAUCCCCGGGACGGUCACAUUCACGGCGGGGCUCGGACCCGACAGAAAUGGACAGGGCAGCACGAACUGGAUUAAAUGACGGGGAAUAAGGAGACUCCGCGAACAAAGCGAGCCUGAAGUGUUAUGUCCGUUUACCCGUGUGGUCUUCGUUUGACUGGAAAUGGGAGCUUUAACAAGCAGACAAAACAUAGGCGUGGAAGAGGUGGACAUUCCGUCCAAUUCGGUGUACCGUUAUCCGCCGAAAUCUGGGAGUUACUUCGCCAGCCACUUCAUCAUGGGGGGAGAGAAGUUUGACUCCACCCAUCCGGAGGGUUACCUGUUUGGGGAAAACACAGACCUUAACUUCCUGGGGACCAGACCUGUAGCGUUCCCGUACGCAGCCCCUCCACCUCAGGAACCAGUAAAGACGUUACGAAGCCUUAUAAAUAUCCGCAAGGACACACUGCGGCUCGUACGGUGCAGCGAGGACCUGAAGCUGCCGGGCGAUGAGGCGGCGGGGAAGAACAGGGCCUGCUACAACGUGGAGUUCACCUUCGAUGCUGACACGCAGGUGGCCAUCACCAUCUACUACCAGGCCAUAGAGGAGUUUCACAACGGAGUGCCAGUUUACCUGCCCCAGGACAGCUCUCUGCAGUCUGAGACCGUGCACUUCAAGAGGGGAGUUUGCCAGCAGUUCUGCCUGCCCUCGCACACCGUCAACCUCAGCGAAUGGGCCGACGAGGAGCUGCUGUUUGAUAUGGACAAGGAGAUUUUCCCCAUGGUGGUGCAGGCUGUUGUAGACGAGGGAGAAGAACAUUUGGGACACUCUCACAUUCUGCUGGCUACAUUUGAAAAGCACAUGGAUGGGAGCUACUGUGUGAAGCCUCUGAAGCAGAAACAAGUGGUGGAUGGAGUGAGUUAUCUACUGCAGGAGAUCUAUGGGAUAGAGAACAAAUACAACAGCCAAGAAUCAAAGGUUGCUGACGAUGAGAUCAGUGACAACAGUGCGGAGUGCGUGGUGUGUUUGUCGGACGUGCGAGACACACUCAUCUUGCCGUGCAGGCACCUGUGUCUCUGCAACGCCUGUGCAGACACGCUGCGCUACCAGGCCAACUGCUGCCCUAUCUGUAGACUGCCGUUCAGAGCUCUGCUACAGAUCCGAGCCAUGAGGAAGAAACUCAGUCCUCUGUCACCUACCAGCUUUAACCCCGUCAUCACUUCACAGACCUCAGACUCAGAGGAGCACUCGGCGUCGGAGCACAUCCCUCCAGGCUACGAAGUGGUGUCUCUGUUGGAGGCGUUGAAUGGACCCCUCAACACCUCCUCGGUGGCUCCUCCUCCUCUCCACUCCGGUCCCAGCCACGUCUCCGGAGCGCUGCCUCCGUACAGUAGCGAGCCCCACCCGGCGCCGGCACGCUCCCUCUCCCCCCUAGACCACUCCAACUCCAGUCAGGGACUCAAGCUCAAGAAGAGUGGUUCAAAGUCACUUUCCCAGAAUUCCUCUGUGCUUCCCGAGGAGGAGGAUGAGAAGUCGUGCAGUGAAUCGGAGGCCUGUCGCCACAAACUCGUCGUGGACCAGCAGGAGUGCGGAGUGACUCCAGACAGUGAGAACCUGACUCUCUCCUCGUCUGGAGCCAUCGACCAGUCAUCCUGCACAGGAACCCCGCUCUCCUCCACCAUCACCUCCCCGGAAGACCCAGUGAGCAGCAGCCUGGCCCAGUCAGUGAUGUCCAUGGCCUCGUCCCACUCGCAGCACUCCCACAUCAGCACUGACACCAUGUCCUCCAUGUCAGGGUCCUACCUGGCCGGGGCCGAAGGCGAGCCCGGGGGGGAGGAGGGGGGAGACGACGCGGAGGGCGAGGAGAACCAGGACGCCUCCAUGGAGAGCCGAGGGCCGUCGCAGCAAGAUGGGGAGUUUUCGAAGGAGCCAAAGGAGAAAAACUACUCAUUGGCUGUAGAGGAGCAGGACUCAGAGGGAAAUGAUGUUACAGAAGAGGACUGCUCCUCCCCUUCUAAUGGGAAAGGUGGGCGGAGCAGGUGUCCAGAGUUGGCCAAUAACAAUCAGGGCGUCGCCCUCUGUGACACGCCCUCUUUGGGGCUGGAUAAUGAGCAGGCUCCCGACAGCCGAUUCGCCGGUCUGAUGUACCUCGGGGGGUACAGGCCUGUUUUGGAGCCCCUCCCCCACCACACCUCCACCAGCAAUAUCAACCUGGAGGAGCAGGGGGCAGAUAACAGGGACAACCAGAGUCCUAAACAUCCCCGCCGCGGACCACUCAUUGUGUAACACACUCACACAAACACACACACACACACAGACACACACACACUUAACCUUAUCCGUCCAGAGUCAGCUCUCCUUACCCUGCCAUACUGCUGCAUCACUGGACACUGUCCUCGCUGAACAGGGAAACCCAUCCCCACCUUUCUGAACAUCUCCUGGAUGGAUUGUCAUUGUUGGCGCUGAGGGAAGAGGAACAAACAGCAUCACCUCUCUACACUUUUAUCUCAGACGAUUCCUUUCCGUUUUUUUUUUUCGUCUGUGACCUAAAUUGUUGUGGGAACUAUUAACCUACUGCUACAAUAUUAUUUAUUACCUGUAGGUCUAACCAAUGAGAGCUGUGUAUUGUGACACUAUCUUUAGAAGCAAACAUGCUGCUCCUUUCCUUUCCUUUCCCCUCCUCUCCUCUCCUGUCCUCUCUUACCAGCCAAACAGUCAGGGGCUACUGUGUUCGGCAAUCGGAUUUAUUACUAAUGUACUUCUUCUUCUCUGUUAUAAACUGUGCGUUGAAUGAGUCUUCGGACACUAUAUAGAAGUCAGCUCACACCGGACUGUUUAACCCGACCUUAGCGAACUAAAACGUGCUGACUCCUCGGAUCAGGGAGCUCUCGUCUCAACUUCGCAUGCAGCUUUUCGACUCCUGCUGAUUUUAUUUUUUUCCUCUCAUUCCCGCCAUGAUUUUCAAACACGACAACCUCUGCUGAAUGUGAAUCCAUUAAACGCUUGGACUUGUGAGGUGGCGUUCCAGCCAAGAACUGUCCGCCAAGAUGAACAGAAGUGGGAAGAAAAAGACACUUUACAUAGAAUGUAAGAGGUGGAAGAAGGGGAAUGUAUGUGACAUCUGAAUUGUCACCUGGACUGGAGUUAAACACAGACUUUGAACCCAUAACUGGUUCUUUAAACACACACCCAUCAUGCCACCCUCUCCUUCUGCCGCUCCGUGUUAGCAUGUCAGUAUUUUCAUAGUUGCAACUGGAAAUCAGCAAGUACCACCAAGCAAUAAAGAUGCUGAAGCUGCAUCUCCUCCUUUUCCCCUGCAGGAGGGCGCUCAUUCACAGUUCAAACAGUGACGAAGUGUUUGCACUGGCCUGUUGUAUUCAGAUUCCAACAUUUCAUUGCGUUUAAUUGUUAUUUUUUAUUUUAACUUUGCCAUUGUGAAGGGAUUAAUUGUGACAAAGACAGCAUACGGUGAAUCUGAAAACCUAAACGUGAGAUUUAGGCCACACUGUGGUUAGCUGGCAUUAUGCUCAUCCUCACACUCCCCGUGAUUAUCAACCCGACGAGCCCUUUUCUCCUCGUCUGUGAAGCUUUUAGUUGUUUUGGUUUUGUACAACUUUAAUGUAUAGCUCACCUGUCGUUGAUGUUCUCCGUUUCUGUGUUUUAAUUUGUUGCAAAAACACUGUGUUGUUUAUUAGAAUGUGGAUGAAAAUAUGUGAAAAACUUGUAAAGGUUUACACACUCGCGCGCACACGCGUGCUCAUGUAACGAACAACCGAAAAGGGACAAUAUCAACAUUUAAUGCACUAGUAGCUGUUUCCUAGACGACACACGUUGCGGUGCAUGAGACGAUAGUAGAGUAAGCAUGUUAGUCUAGGUCAGCCUGCACCCUCCUGUAGAAUACUUGAUGAUGGAUCACUGCACACACAUGAGGCCGUACCAUAUCUUUCUGUAGUGUUAUAUAAUCGGUUGCUGGCUCCCUAUUCCCUUGACCGAACUGCUGAGGUCAAGACUACUGCACUACUAUAUCCAAGCUGCAAACAGUCAUGUGAUUACAGUCUGAAUGUGUAGAUGAAGCCGUUCUCUGGCACCGGUCGCAGUAUGACAUCAAAGGAAUGGGUCCCGAAUCCACAAGGCCCCACUUUUCUAGAAUUAUGAGUGAAAAUGUCAAAUAUCAAAUGGACAAUAAAGUUUUUGCAACUAAA